AUGGAAUUCCAAUAUAUUAAACAAAAUUCAUUUGAAUAAAGAUACUUAGAAUCUUUUAAAUUAAAACAAAAAAAUCCAAAUUUGUUACCUAUAAUAAUUGAAUAAAAUAUGCCAAAAUAUAUUUUUGAAAAAUCUAAAAACCCUGAAAAAUUAUAAAAAUUUUAAAAAAUAGCUGUCAAUAAGACACUAAGUGUUGAAAUGCUACUGGAAUAAUUAAGAUAAAAAUACUAAGAAUUCGUUGGCCAUUAAGGGUCACUUUAUUUUAUUGUCGGAAGAAAUAAAUUAUUAUUAAAUUUUUACAACACAAACUGCCUAGAAGAUUUAUAUCAAAAAUAUGCAGAAAAGGAUGGAUGGCUUUAUUUAGUAAUUAAAUAAAUGGAAUGUCUUAGUUGA